AAAUGGAAGAAUCUCAAGAGUCGUUGGUUUGCUUGCUAAAUUUGUGCCGGGAGUUUUCUUUUUCGGGCUGACUGUUACCGUCGAGCAAAUUACUUGAAAAUGUUUUGUCUUGAUAUUUUGUGUAAUACCCGGACUCUGUGAGACUUUCUGUGGCCUCGUCACUUUGUUGCAGCAGCAGCCAUCGUGGUGGCGCAAGUCGUUUUUGUUCAAGUGGUUGGUUAAAUUUCUUCACAUGAAAAUGUCAGUUGAUAAAGACGAAACACUUCAGAGGUUAAAGGCAGCAGUACACUAUACUGUGGGUCGUCUGUGUCAGAAGACGGGGGAGGACCACCGGAGAGAGUUCAGUCGACAAGUCGUAGCAGCAAUAGCUGAGACAACAUUCAGACAAUGCGAUAUAUUUGCCAAAGACCUGGAGGCCUUUGCAAGGCAUGCUAAAAGAAGCACAGUGACUGCAGAAGAUGUAAAGCUUGCAGCCCGUCGUAGCACUGCAUUGUCCAUCUACAUACAAAAUAAAAGUGAAGAACUAAACCAGGAGCAGAAGGAUUUGAAAAAGAAGAAUACUGGGAAGAGGAAGAGCAGAGAAACUGAGGAGGAAAGCAGAGAAUAAGGACAAGACACAGGCAGACCUGCAGUGUCUCACUUGUGCCCAACAUUCAAAUAAACAUGAAAGCUGACUAAUACA